UACCCGUACAAGUAGCACGGGCAGUGCGCGGGCGCUCUUAUACCGGCACGCCGGCCGCUGCGCCGCAGUGACCGCUCUCUGCUCUCGCCGGUCGUGGCGCGUGGAAAACCGAUUACAUGCCUUUUUCGCUUUUCUUACGCGUAUCUAUUUUGAGACUAAAACAUAGGUGACACAAUUAAUAGCGUAUAAAGUUCUACAAUUACAAUACAAUUAGGAUAAAAUUCCAAAAAUACCCUAAUUACUUCGCGUUAGGUGGUCAAAAGUGAGCUAUGGUUAAAGGAGCAAACAGCGUGACUGGAUAAACAAUAACAAUAUUGUGAAGGAAGCGCUUGAGGCUGAGCGAUGAGGGCGGCUAUAUCCACACAGCUCAGAGGCGCCGUUCAUCAAACAAUCGUAGUAAUUCUCAUUAACGUGCCAACAAUCUCGUUCGGGCUGGCGCUGGGCUGGGUGUCGCUGGCGAGCGGCGAGGCGGGCGGCGCGGAGGGCGCGGGGGGAGCGGUGGCAGCGGCCGUCGUCACCUUCGCGGCGUCCUUCGUGGGCGUGCCGCUCAGUGCCAAGGCUAUCACAUAUGGGAGGAAGUUCGCAGUCAUCGCAGCUUCCGCUGGCUUCGUGAUAUGCUGGUCAUUGAAAUUGGUGGCGACAUGGGGAGGGCAGUGGUGGAUAGUGGGCGGACGCGUGACGGCCGGGCUCGGAGGUGCGGCGGCCUGGGCGCUCGCCCCACUGCUCGCUAGAGAGAUGUGCAGCGAUCGUUGGCGAGGCUCGGCAGUGUCAGCCCUCCCGCUGGCACAUAACUUGGGAGUGCUCCUCAUGUACCUCGCUGCUGACGCCAGAGUUCCACAAAGGACAGUUCUGUGGUGGUGUCUCGGUCUGUCCGUGUGUCACUGCUUCGUGUUCCUGUUGAUGCCAGAAUCGCCAUCUUUCCUUGCGGCUAAAGGAAAAGAUGAGGAAGCCCGCACGGCGCUGGCGUGGCUGCGAGGCCGCUCACCGCUCGACCCUCAACUGGAAACAGAACUGAAGACUCUGCCUCCGCUAGAUGAUCAGCAGCAGUCUUCCUUUAAUCUGGCCAAAGAAAUGCUGGCAGAUAGACAACGACGAGUGGCCUUUAUAAUAGGUGGUCUAGCGGUGGUGGGGCAGGAGGCGUGCGGCGUGCUGGCCAUCCUGCAGUACGCGGAACGCAUGUUCGUACUCGCGCGGGACGAGGCCAGCCCUAUACUGGUGAACAUCACAUCACCGGUGGCAGCAAGCGCGCUGGCCCCGCUCGAGCUGGCCACGCCAGCGCGCCACGCGCUGCUGCUGGGCGCGGUGCAGCUCGCCGCCUCCGCGCUCUCGCUCUACUUGGUCGAGCGGCUCGGCCGCAGAUUGUUGAUAGUGUGGUGUGCGUGGGGCGUGGGAGGUGCGCUAGCCACGGCGGCAGUGCUGUUGGGCGUGGGCGGUGUGGAGGGCGCGGGGGGCGCGGGGGGAGUGCAGGGCGCCGCGCUGGCCAUCGCCGUCGCGGUCGCGAUCGACGCCGCGGGGCUCCAGCCGGCGCCCUACGCCCUGCUCGCUGAUAUGUUCCACUAUCAGUAUCGCGGCUGUGCCCUGAUGCUUGUCACAGCGGCUGCGUGUCUCGGCAACGCAGUAGAAGUAGGUAUCUUCCCCAUCGUAGCGUCGUACGGCGGGCUGAAAGCGGCGCUCGCACUAGCCGCCUCCCUCACGCUCGCGUACGCGGUGUUCACCACCGUCGCAGUCCCGGAGACCAGGCUCAAGACUCCAGAGGAAAUAUACGAUGCUCUCGCGCCGAGGGAACAGCCGUGUGAAAGUGUUAAAGUGAAGGAUUGUGGGACUAGUGAAAGUAAAGAAACAGUGUGCACUAGGGAUACAGUAAUACAAUUUUCGAGCUCUUCUAUCAAGAACAGAACAGCAUUUCUAUUUCCAUCUCUUUUAUUAUUUCAAUCAUAUUCAGUUGAGUCCAACGGUCUGCUUCAUUCCUAUCUUUUCAUUACUAUUUUUCCAGUUAAUCAGUUAGCCAUGGGUCUACUGGACAAGCUGUCGGUGUGGCUGGGCGGCGGCGGCGGGUCGGCGGUGACGGUGCUCGUGCUGGGGCUCGACAACAGCGGCAAGAGCACGCUGCUGGCCGCGCUGCGCCCACCCGAGCCGCGCGGCGAGCCAGCUGCCGCGCCCGUGCCCACCGUCGGACACGCGCAAGGGACCUUUCAAAGUGGUGGUAUAUCAUUCAGCGCGUGGGACGUGUCGGGCGCGGCGCGGAUGCGCUCGCUGUGGGAACGGCACUAUCGCAACGCUGAUGCUGUCAUCUUCGUGGUCGACGCUGCUGACCAUCUGCGGUUGGUGGUGGCCCGCGAGGAGCUGCAGCUGAUGCUAGCGCACCCGGACAUGUGCGGGCGGCGCGUGCCGCUGCUGCUGUUCGCCAACAAGAGCGACGCGCCGCACGCGCUGCCCGCCACGCAGGUCGCCGCCGCGUUGGGUCUGGAGCGGAUCGUGGACAAGCCGUGGCACGUGUGUGCGUCGAGCGCGCUGUCGGGCGCCGGCGUGGCGGACGGUGUGGCCUGGCUCGCGCGGCAGCUGCGCGAACAGAAACACUAGCGACAUCUAUUGCUCUUAUGAACCUCUAUGAAGUAUCCAUCUGUACGUAAGAAGCAUCUUGAAACACGUUUCCAUGAUAUACAAAAUACUACACGAAUAGAGAAAAAGAUUCUAUGACGUCGAUAAGUAUAUUACAAUCUACGCUGUAGUCAUAUUGAAGUCUUUAAUUUUCUCAAAUGUAGUUCACUAGAUCUCAUUACUAGAGAGGCAUUUGUACUAGUGCUUUAAUCGACGGAUUACAUUAAUUACCAAGUACCUAGGUGACCAGUGUAUUAUGUGUGUAAUAUCCAUUCAACAGUCAUAAACUUCAACAUCAUCAAAAUAAUGGGAAGCAUUUGGCUUACAGCUUAUAAAUAAUAAGUAAUUGGGUAUUCUGAUAAGAUGCUUCAUGCAAGUCGAAACUCGAAUUAAAAUUUAUAUUUUAGUCGCGAAUUCAUUUGCAUCUAAUUGUUCGCGAAAUAGACAGUGUUUUAUAAAUAAAAAUAAAAAGAGGUGAACAAGAGACACUCAAAUCUUUGUUCAAUAAGACGUGCAGAUUAUAAAAUUUUCUUAUUUGUUCAAGUUAUGAAACAAACAUGCAAACACAAAUAAUUAAUUUCCAUUUGGCCUGACUAUAGUCGUGAAAUCCGGAUAUGGCUCUACAUCUCGAUAUAGUUCUGUGGCUCUACAUAACAACAUGGACGAAAAUAUAUUUAAACACAUUAUAUUACACAUUAAUUCAAAUAA